AUGCGACGUUUCUCCACGCGUGCGCUGCUUCAUUCAAAAGCAAAGCCACCGCUUCUUUCCGCCAGAUCCCCCCUCCCCCUCUUUCACUCCGCCCCUCGGUCUGCGACAACUUUAAGACCGACUCGCCCGCGCUCCAAUCCUCUCGCCCAAACUUCCAAAAGAUACUGUUCAUACCGCAGAAUGUGUCACUCCCGUCGUGACGAGGUCUCCGGCUCGACCAAUGUCCAGGGCCGUGAGGUCCUGCCCACCAACGUGAAGCCUGUGCACUAUGAUUUGACCCUCGAGCCCAACUUUGAGAAGUUCACCUACGAAGGAUCCGUCCUUAUUGACCUGCAGGUGACUGAGGACACCGACUUUAUCUCCCUUAACUCCAACGAGAUCGAUAUCCACAGCGCAACCGUUCUGUCGAAAGGCACAGUAGUAGAGUCGAAGCCGGAAAUUUUCAUGAAUAAGGAUGCGCAGACCGCUACCAUCAAGUUCAACCACGCCCUCUCUGCGGGGUCCGAUGCCCAGCUGAAGCUCACCUUCACUGGUAUCCUGAACGAUAACAUGGCCGGUUUCUACCGUUCCUCAUACAAGCACAAUGGUGAGACCAAGUACAUCGCCACCUCUCAGAUGGAGCCGACGGACGCUCGCCGCGCCUUCCCCUGCUUUGACGAGCCCGCUCUCAAGGCCAAGUUCACCGUGACCCUGAUUGCAGACAAGAGCAUGACCUGCCUGAGCAACAUGGAUGUGGCAUCCGAGACCGAUAUUGAGGGUGGUAAGAAGACUGUCAAGUUCAACACCUCGCCCGAGAUGUCGACCUACCUGAUUGCCUUCAUCGUGGGUCACCUUAACUAUGUUGAGACCAACAACUUCCGAGUGCCAGUUCGCGUCUACGCCACCCCCGACCAGGAUAUCGAACACGGUCGCUUCUCUCUGGAGCUCGCCGCUAAGACCCUUGCUUUCUACGAGAAGGCCUUUGACAAUGAUUUCCCACUGCCGAAGAUGGACAUGGUGGCCGUGCCUGACUUCAGCGCGGGAGCUAUGGAGAACUGGGGUUUGAUUACCUACCGUAUCGUUGAUGUGCUCUUGGACGAGAAGAACGCCGGUGCCUCCCGAAAGGAGCGUAUUGCCGAGACCGUCCAGCACGAAUUGGCUCACCAGUGGUUCGGUAACUUGGUCACCAUGGACUUCUGGGAUGGCCUGUGGUUGAACGAGGGUUUCGCGACCUGGAUGUCGUGGUACUCUUGCAAUGUGUUCUACCCUGAAUGGAAGGUGUGGCAGACUUAUGUCAUUGAUAACCUCCAGGGCGCUUUGUCGCUCGACUCGCUCCGUAGCAGUCACCCCAUUGAGGUCCCUGUGAAGCGCGCCGAUGAGAUCAACCAGAUUUUCGAUGCUAUCUCUUACUCCAAGGGCUCGUCUGUACUGCGCAUGAUCUCCAAGUACCUGGGAGAGGAUGUGUUCCUGCAGGGUGUCCGUGACUACAUUCGCAAGCAUGCCUACGGCAACACCCAGACUGGUGAUCUGUGGGCUGCUUUGGCCAACGCCAGUGGCAAGCCUGUUCAGUCGGUCAUGGACAUCUGGACUAAGAACGUUGGUUUCCCCGUCCUUAGCGUCACUGAAAACCCAGAAACCUCGUCUAUCAGCCUGAAGCAGAACCGCUUCCUGCGUACUGGUGACGUCCGCCCCGAGGAGGAUAAGGUCCUUUACCCUUGCAUGCUCGGCCUGCGCACCAAGGACUCCGUCGAUGAAACUACUAUGUUGACUGAGCGUGAGGGUGAGUUCAAGGUCCCUGAUCUGGACUUCUACAAGCUUAAUGCCGACCACUCCGCCAUCUACCGCACUUCCUACUCUCCCGAGCGCCUGCGCAAGCUGGGACAGGCUGCUCGUGAUGGUCUUCUCACUGUUGAGGACCGUGCUGGUAUGAUUGCCGACUCUGGUGCUCUGUCUGCUUCUGGUUUCCAGAAGACCUCUGGUCUGCUGUCGCUCCUCCAGGGUCUCGAUACCGAGUCCGAAUUUGUUGUUUGGACUGAGAUGCUCUCCCGUAUCGCCACCCUGCGUGGUGCCUGGCUCUUUGAGGAUGCCAAGACUAAGGACGCGCUCAAGGCUUUCCAGCGUUCGCUCGUCUCCGCCAAGGCUCACGAGCUGGGCUGGGAGUUUUCUGAGAACGAUGACCACAUCCUGCAGCAGUUCAAGGCUCUUAUGUUCGGCUCCGCCGGUAUGGCCGACGAUCCGGUUGUCAUCAAGGCUGCCCAGGACAUGUUCGGCCGCUUUGCUGCCGGCGACAUUUCCGCCAUUCACCCCAACAUUCGUGGCAGCGUUUUCACCAUCGUUCUGAAGCACGGUGGCGUCAAGGAGUACGAAGUUGUGCUGGACCGCUUCCGCAAUGCCCCUACUUCUGACGAGAAGACCACUGCCUUGCGUUGCCUCGGUGCCUCCGAGGACCCGGCUCUCAUCCAGCGCACUCUCGACCUGGCCAUGGGUGACGAGGUCAAGAACCAGGAUAUCUACAUGCCGCUCGGCGGUCUUCGCGGCUCCACGGCCGGUAUUCAGGCUCGUUGGACCUGGCUCCAGAAGAACUGGGACACUGUCUACCAGCGCCUUCCCCCGUCCCUCGGUAUGCUGGGUACUGUCGUGCAAAUGACUACCAGUGCCUUCGCCACUGAAGCCCAGCUCAAGGACGUUCAGGCCUUCUUCGACUCUAAGGAUACUAAGGGAUACGACCGUGCCGUUGAACAGAGCCUUGACGCCAUCCGCGCCAAGGUCAACUGGAUCCAGCGCGACGGCGAGGAUGUCGAGUCCUGGCUGAGCAAGAACCAGUACCUCCAGAGUAAGUUGUGA